AUGUAUGGUCAUUGGACUAAUAACUGUGUGCGUUUCAGGGAUAUGAUCGAGAAAGUGAUCACUGAUGGUCGCCUAGCUUUCGAGGAGAAAGAUAUGAAGGUGGACACUGACCCGUUCACAGCUCACACUGGAUAUGUAGAGCCGGUUUUGAUGGGAAUCAAUAUGGUCGAGGUUAGUGUUGAGGAUGAUGAGAAUAUUGAGCCUAUUUCUGAUGAAAAACUCGAGGAGUUGAUGGAUGAUUUUGCUAAGGAAGAAGAGCCUAUCUAUCCAAAAGAGGGAGAUAGCCUGGUCGAGUUUUUAUCUAAGAAAAAUGAGGAUGAUAGAGAAGUCAUGCUAUGUCCUCGAUGUAGUGUUGUUUUCGACAGAGCUGCUGCUAAGGCUUUCGAAGAGUCAUAG